GUGUAACAUAGAAAUUAAGCUCCAACUACAGCUACAACUACCUUCCCUCCAAACAUUCAUUCUCUCCCUUCACACAAGAAAAUUAUCAGAGAGUAGUGAGUGUGUGAGAGAGAUUCCAAAACCAUGUCACAUAGUCAUGACCUCUCUUUUGCCUUUGGGCUUCUAGGUAACAUUGCCUCCUUCAUCUGCUUCCUUGCACCAGUACCUACAUUUUAUAGAAUUUGUAAAAAGAAAUCAACAGAAGGGUUCCAAUCAAUUCCAUAUGUGGCUGCACUCUUCAGUGCAAUGCUUUGGCUCUUCUAUGCCUAUGUCAAGACCGGAGCAACUCUUCUUAUCACUAUUAAUGCAUUCGGUUGUGUGAUUGAGACCAUUUACCUUGCCAUCUUUCUCUCUUACUGCCCCAAGAAAACUAGAAUGUCAACAUUGAGGAUGAUUGUGUUGCUGAACUUAGUUGGAUUUGGCUCAAUUGUGGUUCUAACCCACCUCCUAGCAAAAGAACCUGAAGGGCGUGUCAAGAUUCUUGGGUGGAUUUGUGUAGUAUUUGCUACUAGUGUUUUUGCUGCACCUUUAAGUAUUAUGAGGACAGUUAUUCGAACCAAGAGUGUAGAGUUUCUUCCUUUUCCACUAUCACUUCUACUCCUGAUAAGCGCAAUUUUGUGGCUGUUAUAUGGAAUUUCAUUGAAAGACAUCUAUGUUACGCUCCCGAACGUUGUGGGGUUAACAUUUGGAAUCAUUCAGAUUGUACUGUAUGCAAUCUACAGAAACAACAAACCAGUUCAGGAUGAGAAGCUCCCACAACACAAAGGGGAUAUCAACAACAAUAAUGAAAAUGUUGCUCCAGCAACCUUGAGUGAUGAGAAACAAAAAGAGAGUGCUCCUCAGAAGGGAGAUAUUGAGUUUGGGGAGAAGAUUAAGGAAGAGAAGCAAGUUGAUCCGAAAGUUGAUGAGAAGAAGCAGGAACAAGUAGCUAAUGGUGAUCAAACAGAGUUGAACAACAAAGCAGGGGAUAGUGAGAAUUGCCAAGUUUGAAGGAAGAACAAUUGUGCAUGCCUCCAUCUCUAUUGGUCUCUCUUCAAUUUACGUGUGAAAUUGUACAAGGGGCAGAGACAAUGUAGAUACCAUUACCAAUUUCUUUCUUUUGGUUCACUUUCUUUUUAUGUCAUUUCUGUUACUUCAAGUUUAAUUAGUUAUGCUUAUGCCCCUGAUUAUGGAGAAGAUGAUAUUGAAAUAGUAUCCAAAUUAUGGGGAUAUAUUAUAUAUAGAGUAUAGUUGUAGAAGCUUAUUCCAAGGGCCAAUCUAGACAUAGGAGCUGGUCGAGUCUCCUUGAAGAAUUGAAGACCUUCUAAUUAUUAUGUUUCUUCUUCUUCUUCUUUAUGAAUAAAAUUUUGUCCUGUUCUUUUA